AUGGUAGUUUGGUCUCUUGAUCCUAAAAAUGAUCCAUUUCAUCCUAAAGAAGACGACAAAAAGAUACUUGGUCCUAAAAUACCAUAUCUAAAUGCAAUAGGUGCAUUAUUAUAUUUGGCACAAUAUAAGAAACCAGACAUAGCAUUUGUAGUCAAUCUAUUGGUAAGAUUUAGCUCUACACCAACUAGCCGACACUGGAAUGAGAUCAAACAUGUCUUUCGUUACCUCAGUGGAACAAAAGAUUUGGAAUUAUUUUAUCCAAAGAAAUCUGUUAAUGAUCCUAAAUUAGUUGGCUAUAUAGAUGUUGGGUACCUUUCUGAUCCUCACAAAGCCUGCUCACAGGCGAGAUAUGUUUUCACUCAUAAUGGUACUACAAUAUCAUGGCGUUUUACAAAACAGACAUUGGUUGCUACUUCCUCCAACCACUCCGAGAUUCUUGCGCUUCAUGAAGCUAGCCAAGAAUGCGUAUGGUUAGGAUCUGUCAUCCAUCAUAUUGAAGGUUUUGUCCCACCGGGUUUUCUUGACAAGGUUUUUAAUGAGGCAGUAUAG